UAAACAAAGCAUCAAGAAUUCUCUGUUCUGACUGGCAUUAAAUCUGCACUGAAGAAGUAAGCUUCAACCACAACAUUGAAUCUUGGAGCUGGCACAGUUGGUCUAUUCUUGACAGAACCAUGAAGAUGACAUCUCAGAGACAUGCCCGUUAUCUCUCAAUUGAUCCGGAUGAUGAUGUUACCCUGGUUUUCCGUAAGCCUAGUUGGCAGCUCAGAGCCUGCCUUGCCUCUGUGUUGAUCACCCCUGUCCUCUACCAACUCUACCUCAUUAUGGUCACCAUCAGAUACAUACUCUUCUUACAAAUUUUUUCAUCUCCCCCACGUCCUGCUUGCCCUGUGGUUGACUUGAGUUGGACCGGAGUGUUUUCUUGUGAGCUGGGAUGGAGGGGGAGUGCACUGGCCGUUCUCAUUCUGUCAGCUGUGCUUAUCACCUGCUACUCACUCAUCACUGCCUGCUUGGUGAGAUGGAACCCUCGGAAACAAUGGAACUCAACCACAUCAGUUUUUGAUACUCAAGAAAAGCCUACCAAGUUUCAAGUGAGAGUUCAGAGCACUAAUCGACUGAUGUUGCCCCCCACUCUCAGUCUGUGUAUACUGUUACUGAUAUUCCGCUUAUUGUUACAAUCAGGAGAUGUUGAAGCAAACCCUGGACCAACGCUUGGCUCUAUUCUGACUAUUGAUGAUUUGAAUUCUGUUUACGAGAAACUGUUAGAAGCCGCCGAAAACUGGUUCUUCCUGGGACUUUCCCUGGGAUUAGGUCAUGGCACCCUCAAGAAUAUAACAGAUGACUAUCGCGGGAACAGGAAAUAUCUAUGUGAAAUGAUAGCUGCUCGCUUGAAGACCGGCCCUCUCACCUAUUCUGAAAUAUGUCGGAGUCUCAGAUCACCAACAGUUGAUCGGAAUGAUGUCGCUGAGGCUAUAGAGGAGGCAUGUACAGGUAUGAAUAGUCAUGAGGCUAACAUCAAUGGAUAG